AUGGCACUCGUUCUCCUGGCCCCGCUCGCCGUGGGGCUGCUGGCCCUCUCCUGCUGCGCGGCCCCUCUCCAGAGCAAGCCGCAGGCGGUUGUCACCUUCCCAGGGGAGCUGGUCAGCACCCUGUCGGACCUGGAGCUGGCAGAGAGCUACCUGCUGCGGUUCGGCUACACCACGGAGGUGGAGACAAGGACAGGCAGCAAGCACGUGUCCCUGGCCAAGGCGCUGCGCAAGAUGCAGAAGCAGCUGGGCCUGGAGGAGACGGGGGAGCUGGAUGCCGACACGCUGGAGGCCAUGCGAGCCCCCCGCUGCGGCGUCCCCGAUGUGGGCACCUUCCUCACCUUCGACGGGGACCUCAAGUGGGACCACAUGGACUUGACAUACCGGGUGAUGAACUACUCCCCUGACCUGGACCGUGCCGUGAUCGAUGACGCCUUCAAGCGGGCGUUCCAAGUGUGGAGCGACGUGACCCCUCUCACCUUCACCCAGAUAUACAGCGGCGAGGCGGACAUCAUGAUCAUGUUCGGCAGCCGAGCACGGGGAGGGUACCCCUUCGACGGCAAGGAUGGGCUCUUGGCCCACGCCUUUCCCCCGGGCCGGGGCAUCCAGGGUGAUGCCCACUUUGACGACGACGAGUUCUGGACGCUGGGAACCGGCUUAGUGGUGAAGACCCGGCACGGGAACGCCAACGGGGCCAACUGUCACUUCCCCUUCGUCUUCGAGGGCCGCUCCUACUCCCGGUGCAUCACGGAGGGGCGCAAGGAUGGGCUGCCCUGGUGCGCCACCACCGCCAACUAUGACCGGGACAAGAAAUACGGCUUCUGCCCCAGCGAACUCCUCUAUACCAACGGCGGCAACAGCGACGGGUCCCCCUGCGUCUUCCCCUUCGUCUUCGAUGGCACCUCCUACGACACCUGCACCACGGAUGGGCGCUCCGACGGCUACCGCUGGUGUGCCACCACCGCCAACUUUGACCAGGACAAGAAAUACGGCUUCUGCCCCAACCGAGACACGGCGGUGAUCGGCGGCAACUCCCAGGGGGACCCGUGCGUCUUCCCCUUCACCUUCCUGGGGCAGUCCUACAGCACCUGCACCAGCCAGGGCCGGCAGGACGGCAAGCUCUGGUGUGCCACCACCAGCAACUACGACACCGACAAGAAGUGGGGCUUCUGCCCGGACAGAGGUUACAGCAUCUUCCUGGUGGCUGCCCACGAGUUUGGGCACUCGUUGGGGCUGGACCACUCCAGUGUGCGCGAGGCCUUGAUGUACCCCAUGUACAGCUACGUCCAGGACUUCCAGCUGAACCCGGAUGAUGUCCGGGGCAUCCAGUACCUCUACGGUCGUGGCUCUGGCCCCAAGCCCAGCCCUGCACCCGUGCCCACCGAGGAGCCCCAGCCCAUGCCCACGGAGGCUGGCAGCACCUCCACCACCGAGGAGGAGGAGGAGACGCCACAACCCACGGCCGAGCCCGUUCCCGUGGACCCCAGCCAGGACGCCUGUGCGGAGAAGAACUUCGAUGCCAUCACAGAGAUCAACGGGGAGCUGCAUUUCUUCAAGGAUGGGAAAUACUGGACCCGCUCGUCCUUCUGGAAUUCAGGCAUCCAGGGCGCCUUCUCCAUCGCAGACACCUGGCCCGGCCUCCCGGCUGUCAUUGAUGCCGCUUUCCAGGAUGUGCUCACCAAGAGGGUCUUCUUCUUCGCCGGUCGGCAGUUCUGGGUGUUUUCUGGCAAAAGCAUGCUGGGCCCCCGGGGGAUCGAGAAGCUGGGCAUCGGGAAGGAAGCCGGCCGCAUCUCCGGGGCCCUGCAGCGGGGCCGUGGCAAAGUGCUGCUCUUCAGUGGGGGGAGCUACUGGAGGCUGGACGUGAAGAUCCAGAGGGUGGACAAGGGCUACCCCCGGUCCACUGAUGACGUCUUCACCGGUGUCCCCCUUGACGCACGCAACGUCUUCCUCUACCAAGACAAGUACCACUUCUGCCAGGGCACCUUCUACUGGAGAAUGACGCCGCGCUACCAGGUGGACCGGGUGGGCUACGUCAAGUACGACAUCCUGCAGUGCCCCCAGCACUGAGGGCCCGACCGGCCGCCCGGCUCUAGCCGGCGCGCUGCUCCCUGCCCAUCGCUCCCAACCCCCAGGCACCCGUCUCGCAGCCUGACCCCCAGGGACGCCGGGGGCCGCGCAGCCUCGCGGCCGUGGGGCAGCCCCCGCCGGGGUGGGGGCCUUGCCGUCUCCCCGGCAGGAAGGGGCAGGGAGUCCUGGGGUCGCCCCUCGGGAGCUGCCCGGCCCAGGGAGCCCCGGCUGGGGAGCAGGACUCUCGCCGCAGCCGGCACCGUGCCACCCCUGCCAGCGCCGGCUCUGCCACGCAGAGGUGUUUGCCUGGUGCAAAUCGCACACGGAUUUGUAACGACUUUGUCUUUUUCUUGAGCCAGCCG